GAGCUACCGACAUUUGCAAUACAUCAUGCUUACGGUUGAGUUUCCCUCAGACAUGGAGCGAACAUAACAUUUAAACGUUAGAGGUCUGGUAAUGUGCAUUUACCACCGCAUUCACUAACGCUGUGGCAACACCAUGUAUUAGCCAAAGCAGCUGAUUUAGACAUUUACAUAAAUUGACGUAGCGUCUUUUGCCGAACGCUGGAAUAAAUUUUUGAAAAAACUUCUGACGUGUGCAACGAAAGUAAAACAGAUCAUUGCUCCCUAAAAAUUCGUAGUAAAGUUUUUUUUACUUAUUUCGCGCAGUUAAAGUAUAUGAUAUUUUACUAAAUUCAGCAUUCGAGCAGAACAAAAAAGCAAUGAAAAUACCAGAAAAGAGUAGAUUUCUUGUGUACUCAUUGAGUAUUUUCCUUUGCUACUUUCUAUUUGGAAUUGUGCAGGAGAAAAUCACACGGGGGCGUUAUGGUAAUGAACCUAAUGAAGAUGGCAAAGUAGGUGAGCGGUUCACAUAUGUUCUGGCCUUAGUGUGGGUGCAAUGUUUUUGUAAUUUCAUUUUUGCGAAAGGUAUGUUAUGGGCCAAAAAAUCAAAGAAAGAGGAUCAAACACAUUCUGGAUACUAUGCUAUCAGUGCGCUCACUUACCUUUUAGCUAUGAUAUCGUCCAACAUGGCGCUACGUUGGGUACCAUACCCAACACAAGUGGUAGGAAAAUCAGCCAAACCGAUCCCAGUAAUGAUAUUAGGGGUUUUAAUUGGUCGCAAGUCGUAUUCCUGGGUACGUUAUGCUUGUGUUACAACUAUAGUUGUUGGUGUAGUGCUAUUUAUGUACAAAGAAAGCCAAAUAGCACAUUUACCAAAAGAGACAACAGGAUUGGGAGAACUUCUGCUCUUUCUGAGUUUGGCUAUGGAUGGACUAACCGGCGCAGUGCAAGAGAGAAUGCGUGCUUCGAGCGCGCCAUCUGGACAGCAAAUGAUGUUUGCUAUGAACUUUUGGAGCACAAUUAUGUUAAGCUUUGCCACAAUUUUGACAGGUGAAGCUAAAGAGUUUGUCCAGUUCGCUACACGGCAUCCUGAACUUUGGAGCCAUUUAGCAAUGCUCGCAUUAUGCGGUGCUUUAGGUCAAUUAUUUAUCUUUCUUAUGGUUGCGAAAUUUGGACCACUAGCCUGCUCUGUAGUGACGACAACGCGUAAAUUUUUCACUGUGUUAAGUUCUGUAUUGCUCUUUGGUAAUGUGUUAAUACCGAGACAAUGGUUCGGAGCAUUGCUGGUAUUUGCAGCGUUGUUCUUUGAUAUGUUCUAUGGGAAGGGGAAUGACAAGAAAGCUGCAGUUGCAAAGAAAGAUGAAGGAGAUCUUGCAGAUGACAAGAAAAAGUUGAUAUCAUAGAAUUUAGAUGAAAUAUUAUAGAUUUUAUAUUAUAUAUAUAUAUUUCUACUAUAUAUUACUAUAUAUAUAUCAAUGAUAUAUCUAUGACAUAUAUCACUAAGCUUCCAAAUUUAAAAAAAUAGUGUUUUUGCGCUGUAUAAAGUGAAAUUUUAAUUAAGUUUGGUCUCACUACCUUGUGUGUUUGAACUAGUAAUAGUUUUUUUGUACAAAUAAAAUAGGAAUAUUUAUUUUAAAUCACUGAAGAAAAUUUGGGUUACUGUUCUAUAUUGCUGUAGUUUGUAAAUAAAUUAUUUCACAUUUCAAAUUUACCUAAAA